AUGCCCACUGCCAACAUAGUCACCUUCAAGAGAGGACGCACAACGGGACUAACAGCGGGUGAUCUUGGGGGUAUUUGUCAGGCAGCCCAUCGCAUUCCGGGCUUACCUGGGCAUCUUCACCAUCGCGCAUACAUGGUGACCACUAGCCCGACUAGGAGGCCGUUUGGCCUACCGGGGGACUCCGGUGCGUGGUGUUUGAAUGGCAAUGGAGAUGUUGUUGGCCAGCUUGUGGCGGGUGAUAGCAACGAUGGGACGGGGCUUGUUGUUCCGUUCAAGCUUCUCCUCAAUGAUAUGGAAGACAAGCUGGGCUUGGAGCCGGGAAGUAUCAGUCUGGCGUAG